AUGGUAUCGACCAUUGCCUUAUAUGUUCUUGCUGGUUCACUUUUGGAACAAGCGGAAAAUUUGUUGGAUAAGGGUAUACAUCCAAUAAAAAUUGCUGAUGGUUUCGACUUAGCAUGUAAGAAAGCGCUUUCAACUCUUGAUAGUAUUGCUGACGUAUUUCCAAUUAAGGAUCGUGAAUUGCUUAUCGAAACAGCAGUUACUUCACUUGGAUCGAAGAUUGUUAACCGAUGUGGCAGGCAGUUAGCUGAAAUUGCUGUUGAUGCUGUACUUUCUGUGGCAGAUUUGGAAACUAGGGAUGUGAAUUUCGAAUUGAUCAAAGUGGAAGGGAAGGUUGGAGGACGGUUGGAAGAUACAUGUUUGGUGAAAGGUGUUGUUGUCGACAAGACUAUGAGUCAUCCGCAAAUGCCGAAGGAAUUGAAAGAUGUUAAACUGGCUAUUCUUACAUGUCCAUUCGAACCCCCAAAACCGAAAACGAAACAUAAGUUGGACAUCACAUCCAAGGAGGAUUUUAAGAAGUUGCGUGAUUAUGAAAGGAGUACUUUUGAAACGAUGAUUAAACAGGUUAAAGACAGCGGUGCAACAUUAGCAAUAUGCCAAUGGGGUUUUGAUGACGAAGCCAAUCACCUUUUACUGGCUCAUAAUUUGCCUGCUGUACGAUGGGUCGGCGGACCUGAAAUUGAAUUAAUAGCUAUAGCUACUAAUGGAAGAAUAGUACCUCGUUUCGAGGAGUUAAGGCCGGAGAAAUUAGGUACUGCUGGGCUUGUGCGAGAGAUGACUUUUGGAACGGCAAAGGAUCGUAUGCUGUGCAUAGAGCAGUGUCCAAACAAUCGUGCUGUAACAAUAUUUAUACGGGGAGGCAACAAAAUGAUAAUCGAAGAAGCAAAGCGCUCUAUUCAUGAUGCAUUGUGUGUAGUUCGGAAUUUGGUUCGUGAUAGUCGUAUCGUUUAUGGCGGUGGUGCAGCAGAAAUAAGUUGUUCUAUAGAAGUAGCAAAGGAAGCAGACAAGAUUGAAGGUGUUGAACAAUAUGCGUUCAGAGCCUUUGCUGAUGCAUUAGAAUCUAUUCCAAUGGCGUUAGCGGAGAAUUCGGGCAUGUCACCCAUUGACAUUCUCACUGAUCUCAAAGCUAAGCAAAUCCAGCAGGCGAACCACCGGCUCGGUGUUGACUGCCUCUUUGUUGGCACCAACGAUAUGAAGCAACAGAAAGUGAUCGAGACUUUGAUCUCAAAGAAAGAGCAAAUUUCUCUUGCAACUCAGGUUGUACGAAUGGUCCUGAAGAUCGAUGAUGUGCGUGUCCCAAGCGAUGAUAAUAAUUCACGUCCUUAA